UAUUAGCCAAUUGAUGGCUUCAUUUGAUUUGACUGAGUGAUACAUAGAUACUCUCAAUUUUAAAAUGCAUAUAUCGCAAACAAAUCCCUUCAGCUGGGCACUUACUGUACCUUGGGUGAGGAAGGAAGGAAAAAAGGAAGAAAUGAAAGAAAGGGAGGAACUAAGGAAGGAAAGGAUGGAUACAUAAGGGAGGAAGAAAGAAAAGAAGAGGAGAAGGAAAUAAGAAAGGGAUGAAAGAAGCAUGGAAUGAUGGAAAGAAGGGAGGAUGGAAAUAAGGAAAGACAAGUUUUGGGUAUCACAAAGGGAAUAAGGAAAAGGAAAGAAGGAUGGAAGACAGUAAAGAAAGAAUGGAAGGGGAAGGAAUGAAUGGAGGAACUAAAGAAGGAAGGAAAGAUGGGGUCAGAAGUGAAGAAGGAAAUGGAACAGAAAAUAAAGAAGGAAGAGGAGAUGAAGAGAAGGCAGACCACAAGAAAGAAAUGAAAGAAGAGAGGAAGGAAGUAAGGAAAAGGGGACUGAAGGAAGGAAGGAGAAAAGGAUAGGGGAGAACGAAAUAAGGAAGGACAUAAAGGAAAGGUAUAGGAAAGAAGAAAGCAAUGUAAAAGGGGAGGAAGGAAUGAAGGAACAAAAGAAGGAAUGAAUGAAGGAAUGAAGGGGACAGAAGGGAGUCAAAAAAUGAAAGGAAAUGCAGAAAGAGGGAAAAGGGGAGCAGAAAGGAAAGGAAAGGAAGGAAGGAAGGAAACAAGGAAGGCAAUAAGGAAGACAGCCUGUAAGAGAAGAAGUAAUGGAACAAAUGAAGAAAGAAGGGAGGGAGGGAAGAAAUAAAGAUGGCAGAAAGAAGUAAAAAAGGAAAUAAGGAGAUCAGGAAGAAAACAAAAAAGGAAUCAUGGAAGAAGACAGGAAGAAAGAAAGGAAGGAGGACAAGGAGGGAAGGUAGAAAAGUAGAAAGGAAUGAAAGAAGGCUGAAAGGAGAAAAGACGGAGAGAAGGGAGGAAGGAAAUGGAAAGGAGAGAAAGGAAAAGCAAGGGCAGACAGAAUAAAAUAAGGAAGCACGGAAGAAUAAAAAGGAAUGAAGUGGAGAAAUUAAGUAGGAACUAACAAAAGAUGCUUGGAAGGAAACAAGGAAGGGGAGGAAGAAAAGAAGUAAAAAAGGAAGGAAAUAAUUUAGGAAGCAUGGAAGACGAGAAGGAAUGAAAGAAGGGAGGAUGGAAACAAGGGGUCCAGAAUGCUCUCUCGCUUAUUCUCGCUCUCUUUGUCUCACUCUCUCACUCUUUAUUUCUGUCCCUCUCUUUAUUUGUCUACAUCUCUACCUCUCUCGCUUUGUCUGCCUGCGGGCCGUUGGAAGUGAGGCGAACAGGUGAGCGGCGCCUCCCACUCGACUGGGCGGGUUUUUUUUCUCUCGCUGGGCUUAAUAUCGUCGGGUCCAGCGGGUGCCGUAAUGUCACUCGGAGGACGCAGAGGCAGCGAUGGCGCACACAGCGAUCCAGUUUGCCAAUGCGGAGGACAAACAGGAGUUCAGCAAAUACCCGACGAAGGCUGGCCGCCGCUCGCUCUCUCGCUCCAUCUCGCAGUCGUCCACAGACAGCUACAGCUCGGCUGCGUCGUACACUGACAGCUCUGAUGACGAAACAUCCCCCCGAGACAAAGCUCAGGUCAACACACAGGGCAGCAGCGACUUCUGCGUGAAGAACAACAAGCAGGCCGAGUUUGGCCGUCGUGAGAUUGAAAUUGCCGAACAAGACAUGUCGGCCCUCAUUUCCCUGAGGAAGAGAGCCCAGGGCGAGAAGCCUCUGGCGGGGGCCAAGGUGGUGGGCUGUACCCACAUCACCGCUCAGACGGCGGUGCUGAUCGAGACCCUGGUGGCCCUGGGGGCUCAGUGUCGCUGGACCGCCUGCAACAUCUACUCCACCCAGAAUGAGGUGGCCGCCGCUCUGGCUGAAACAGGAGUGCCCGUGUUUGCCUGGAAGGGCGAGUCCGAGGACGAUUUCUGGUGGUGCAUUGACCGCUGCGUCAACACGGAGGGCUGGCAGGCCAAUAUGAUCUUGGACGACGGCGGAGACCUGACACACUGGGUUUACAAGAAGUACCCCAACGUGUUCAAGAAAGUGCGGGGCAUCGUCGAGGAGAGCGUCACCGGAGUUCACCGACUGUACCAGCUAUCAAAAGCCAGCAAGCUGUGCGUCCCGGCCAUGAACGUGAAUGACUCGGUCACCAAGCAGAAGUUCGACAACCUCUACUGCUGCCGUGAAUCCAUCCUGGAUGGUUUGAAGAGGACCACGGACAUCAUGUUUGGUGGUAAACAGGUGGUGGUGUGCGGUUAUGGAGAGGUGGGCAAAGGCUGCUGCACGGCUCUAAAAGCCCUGGGAGCCAUCGUGUGCAUCACUGAGAUCGACCCCAUCUGCGCCCUGCAGGCAUGCAUGGACGGCUUCCGAGUGGUCAAACUGAGCGAGGUCAUCCGGCAGAUGGACGUGGUCAUCACUUGCACUGGCAACAAGAAUGUCGUCACCAGAGAGCAACUGGACCGCAUGAAGAACGGCUGCGUGGUGUGCAACAUGGGUCACUCCAACACGGAGAUUGAUGUGGCCAGUCUGCGCAGCCACGAGCUUACCUGGGAGCGGGUCCGCUCGCAGGUGGACCACAUCAUCUGGCCGGAUGGGAAGAGAGUUGUGCUUCUGGCCGAGGGUCGCCUGCUGAAUCUGAGCUGCUCCACAGUGCCCACCUUUGUGCUGUCCAUCACCGCGACCACUCAGGCACUGGCCCUGAUUGAGUUGUUCAAUGCUCCAGAGGGACGUUACAAGCAGGACGUGUAUCUCCUGCCCAAGAAAAUGGACGAGUAUGUGGCCAGUUUGCACCUCCCCAACUUUGACGCUCACCUCACAGAGCUCUCUGACGAGCAGGCCAAGUACAUGGGCCUCAACAAGAACGGCCCCUUCAAACCCAAUUAUUACAGGUAUUAAUGGGAAGAAGGCCUGCUGACGUUUCCCUGAAAUUAACACAUAUAUCUUUUUUAUUUGAUAAAUUGCUACCAAAUGAAGGACUUAUUUUGCUUAUGUAUCCUAAAUAGCACGUCAGACAUAGCUUUAAAAAUGAAUUGUAUAUUUAGCUAGCAUGCUAAAUGUCUGGUCAAAUAUGUAAACAAAAGCCUGCAUGCAUGCACUGUUCGCUGCUACAGAUUUCAUAUGUUUUGAUUUGUUUUUCUUUUUUUAUGCACAAAAAUGCCAAAAAUUAAGGUUCAUAAGAAUGAAAGCUAGUCUGUGACAUUAUUAUCACAUAUUUAAAUAUGAUCUACAUUCCACUCGCAGCCAAACAAAAAUGUACAGUACACUAUAGUCUCUCAAUGUUUUCUAUUUGUGUGGUCAGGAUAUUCAUACUUUAUUUGCAUACAUGCCCUCGAAAGGUACCACAAAGUAACCCUUAAUUACUGCAACAAAUUAUACAGAUGAUAUGGGACAACUGUUCCAUACUGCAAUACCUCAAUUAAUCUGGAACAUUGCAAUGUAUAAUAACAUACAUUAGAAUUGGGUCAAAGUCACUGAUGGUGUAGUGGUACACUCGCCUGACUUUGGUGCGGGCAGUGUGGGUUCAGUUCCCACUCAGUGACGGUGUGAAUGUGAGUGUGAAUGGUUGUCCGUGUCUAUAUGUGCUAUGCGACUGACUGGCGACCAGUUGAGGGUGUAGUCCGCCUUUCGCCCGAAGUCAGCUGGGAUAGGCUCCAGCGCCCCGCGACCCUAACCAAGAUAAACGGUGUUGGAAAUGGGUGGAUGGAUGGAUGGAUGGAUAGAAUUGGGUCAAAAAUAUCUGAUCCUCUCCUGUCAAACUAAAAACUCAUCAAAUUCUCUACUAUUCGCUUGGCCUGGUUAAAAUAAGACUGUGAAUCCCACAAACAUUGCACUGCUUAAAAUAUGAUUAACGUAAAUUCCUCACCAAAGUUGUGCUUGUGCAAAUAAAACUAACUUAAUCCCUAGAAAGUUGUGCUGGUUAACAUAGGGGCGCCUUGAGAUACGAGUGACCUGACUUACGAGUUUUACGAGAUAUGAGUCGUCGUUCUGAUCAUUUUUCUUGUUUCGACUUGAGAGCGCAGACUUGAGAUAUGAGCGCUGUAUGGUGGCAGUGAACUUAACUCACUUCACAGUAAGCAGCACUUUAACAAAUAGUGAACAAUUCUUCCAAAAAGAGGCUACAAGCUGUUUAAUGCCACUUCCAGUUGAAGUUUACUCUAAAACUUGAUAUACAACAAACAUUGUGUAUUUGAAACACCCAAACAACUUUGCUUUAGGAAUGCCAGCGCUAGCUUAAUACGAAAACAUCAUGGAAAACUCCAUAAACAGGCUAACCUAUAGCAUUGAUAGCUACGGUGUUAUGGAUAUUUGAACAUAAACGGUGGAGGAACACGUAGAUAGACAAUAUUACAGCACUCAGAGGAAUUAAAGUCAAUUGAAACAGUGCUGUCCUUUCCUAUGUUCCAAAGGAAGCACCUUUUUAUCUCUCCUUGAACCCUUGAUGUAUUACAACAAAGGUUUAGGAAAGGUGGCAUAAAGGUUAGGAGAUUGGACUUUCCGAAAAGGCCCAAAAAGAUUAGUGGUGACUCCUCUUCAUACUGUAUGUGUCUGUCUGACUGUAUUAUACUGCCCCCCGGUGGCCAUAGCUCACACACCAGAAGGAGCAGCACAUGAAUUGAUUGGAUGCAUUAAAUCAUGAUGCACAAACUGUUUUAACGCUUUACAUUUGAUCUAUAUUACUCUAUUUUUUUAUUUGAAAAAUCAUAUUACAGUGCUCAUUUCUUUAUUGAAAAACACAUUUCAAAUUAUAUUUUUUUUUGGGGGUGGGGGGGAGCUGGCACGGAUUAAUGGCACUUGCCUUCAUUUUGAUAGGGAAAGAUUAUUUGAAACACAAGCAUUUUAAACGCGUAUCGCAAGGCACCACUAUAUGACACCUGUAACUCCCCCUGCAAAAUUGUGCAGGUUAAAAGUAGACAACUGUAAUUGCCCCAAACUUGGUUCAAAUAAUACCAUAAACUCCCCCACCAAAACAAAAAAAAAAUCACAGGUUAGAAUAGGUACAUAUGAGUGUCAGAACACAAGUGUUUACCACUGAACUGAGAACGAUAACAAAAACUUCCUGUGUUAGGGGUUUCCCCGUCAGCUAUACCCUAAAAGGUUCAUUUUCUUGAUUUUUCGGGGGCAAAAAAUCUAAAUGAAUCAGGGAAACCUGUGAGUGAUGAGAAUAAAUUGAGUGGCUGUCGUAUGUAGUUGUACAUAGAAAAGCGCAAAAAUGUCCACAGGCAGAGUAGCCACGACAAAAGAGACAGACUGGGAACCCAACCGCCAUUAUCCGGUUUUUAGUUGAAGUGUGAAGGCUUAUUGAAUGUGGUUGGUUGCCCUAUAGACUUCAGUCCGUCUCGAUUCAAGCAGUCUGUGUUGUUAUGUGACAGAAACGUCAAGCUUCAUAACCUCCUCGGUUAGAUAAAAAGACAAAAGACCAUCCACCAUGGCCUAACAGUUUGCCAAACAGCAUGUCCAUUAAAAGAACCACCCAAAUGAUGCUAGUAUGCUACCAUGACCAAGGUUAAUGUAUUUUAAUGUAUUUAAUAUCUCCCAAAUUAAUUAGCCAGUCCCUCCAUGAUCAUGCUAACUUUGUCUGAAUUUCUGCCACAUCUAUUUUUUAAUCAUUCUGACCUGCUGAAAAACACACGUUUGUCCUUUGUAACGUAAUCUUAGACAGCAAGUUUGCUGCCGAAUAUGAUUGUCUUCUUUUGUUGUCAACAUGCAUUCAAUCAGCAAUAAAGACUUGAUCUGUUGACAGUGUCA